ACGGGGUAUCCGGGUGAUAUUGCCGGGAGGAUCAUGAAGGGGUUGGCAGAGAGUGGCAAAGCGGAGAAGGAGGAGAGGAAUGUGGAGACGUAUGCAGUCAAAAUGUGUUGGAAGAACACGGUGUUUACCUGUGAUCCGGAGAUUGUCAAGGAUAUUCUUACCAACGAUUUUAGCAAUUAUAUCAAGGGUACGAGUAUGACGGAUGCUCUCCGCUCUGUACUCGGCUCGGGCGUGUUCAACACCAACGGCGAUCUCUGGCGUUUCCACCGUUCCAUGUCCCGCCCCUUUUUCACCCGCGACCGACUACGAGAUAUCAUUCCUGUCUUUGUCCGACACGCAGACCGCGCUCUCGAUCUCGUCACCAAGCGAAAUGGCAAGAGUGGCAACGGUGGUAUGGAAGGGUUGGCGACGAUUGAUGUGCAGGAUUUGGCGUCGCGCUUGACGUUGGAUGCUACCACCGAGUUCCUGUUUGGCAGUUGUGUCAAUAGUUUGGAGGAAGAGUUACCGAGGCCGUGGAACGAUACAGAAGCUCCAUUGCCUUCGUCUUGCACUACCUCUCCUUCUAGUCUAUCCGUUGAAAAGGAUACCACCUCGCCCUCGUCUACACUCGGAUCUUGCAAGCUUUCCAAAGGUCUGGAAAAGUCGUCACCACCUACACCUAAACGAUCCAACAGUCAAGAAUCUAUCCUCCCAAUCGCCUCUUCUCCCGCCACCUCUCAAGCUGACCCGAAAACUCCCGCGUUUCCCUCUGCAUUCACAUCCGCCCUGCAAACCCUCGCAUCUCAUCAUCAGCUGAUUCAGGACGAGUUGAUCAAUAUUUUGAUUGCUGGACGUGACACGACUGCCUCGUGCAUGACCUUUGCUACUUAUCUCCUCUCUCAACACCCCGCCGUCCUCCGAAGACUCAGCGAAGAAGUCAGCAACGUACUCGAAACCUCGCCCUCCUCUUCUCCCAUCGACGAACACCCCGCCACCACCACCCCUCACCCCUCCACUCGAACACCAAGUCUCGACGACCUCCGCAAGAUGCCAUUCCUCCGCGCAGUCAUCAACGAGACGCUCCGAUUGUUCCCGAGUGUACCGUUGAAU